AUGAUUGUCUCUCGCCAUAUGCACAAACGGUCGUCUUCCCAAUGGGUACCACCAUCUGCACCGUUGCACAACCCGAUUACGAUACUUCGUGGACGUAGCAGUCGAGAAAAAGGGUCGCGUAUGAUUCAGCCAAAUCAUAUGUUUGAUGAACCUCGCUACGAUCUCAGUAAUUUUCAUAAAUUCACCGACAAUGCCAUCACAACCACCAAAUAUGGGCUGUUCACAUUCAUACCGUACAAUAUUUUUCAUCAGAUGACCACAAAAUAUGCUAACAUGUACUUUUUAUUUAUUGCAGUACUUAAUUUCUGCCCAGUGUUCGGUGCAUUCACGAAAUUUCUCGGAUUGAUACCGAUCGGCUUCGUAUUGUGCACGACCCUUGUGAAGGUUUGUGAUGUUUCCGCGCGAUUUCGAAUUUGUUUCCGAUUUUCGAGAACUGGUCAAGUUUGA